AUGAAGAGUGACUGGCAUCGCUACAACCUCAAGCGCCGAGUGGCCUCACUGCCCCCUAUCUCAUCCGAGGUUUUCACCGAGAAGGUUUUGCAGGCGCGAGCGAGUACAACGGCAGAGGCGGAACGAGCCGGUUUUCAGAAGGAGUGCGAAGUCUGCCACAAGACAUACUACAGUGAGAACUCGUACCAAAACCACAUCGGGAGCCAGAAACACAAGGCUAGGGAGGCAAUGCAAGAGCGACAGAAUGGUACGGGCGAUGAUGCUAGCUCCAUGAUCAGCUCGACCUUCUCUCUGGGAGAGCCAGUCCCUGUCAAGAAGGAUGCGGAGCUCGACUCGGAUGCCGAGGAGGAGUUCACCAACAUCAUUGAGGGUCUGAAGAAGACCGAGUUGCGGGAGCGGCCUUCCCCCGUGAAGCGUCCGUCGAACCCCCAUCUCUCUGCUACAGGACAGCACAAACAAGAACACCCCAUAUCCGAGGCCUCCAGCGACCAACCGUCAUCUACUACAACCCCAGUGCCGUCCAAGUCUGCUCCCGUGCUGACUCUCAAGAAUUGUCUGUUUUGCAAUUAUGAAUCCCCUACCGUGCGCCUGAGCGCCACACACAUGGAGCGCAUCCACGGAAUGUUCAUCCCCGAGAAGCAAUAUCUUGUGGACCUGGACGGAUUGUUGUCCGCACUGCAAGAGCGCAUCCAGGAGUUCAAUGAGUGUCUGUAUUGUGGCAAGGUCAAAUCUAACGCAUUUGCUGUGCAAACCCACAUGCGCGACAAGGGCCACUGCAAGAUCCCUUACACCACCGAGGACGAGCAGUUGAUGAUUGGCGAAUUCUACGACUUCCGAAGCACCUAUUCAGAUGACGAGGAGUCAGAAGAUGAGUCUAUGGACGAUGAGCAGCAGAAUGGCGGUGCCAAGCUUGGUGCCAAGCGGCCAACCACUGUGCGCGGUGAGGAUGGCGACGAGGUCAUGGAGGAGGACGAUGGCUGGGAGACGGAUAGCUCAGAGUCGUCUUUGGACUCGGCGGAUCUCACAGCCGUUCCUGCUGAGCAGCAUUACCACCAAUACGAGCGCCUUGAUAAACAUCCGCACCACACAAAUCACGAUCCCCGAGCGCACCGCCAGAUAGAUGGCUAUCAUUCCCAUGCGCACAAGCACACACAUGCCGUCUUCUACGACGAGUAUGAGCUCCACCUGCCGUCAGGCAAGUCUGUCGGUCACCGUUCUUUGAACAGAUACUUCCGCCAGAACCUGACCAACUACCCAUCCGCCGAGGAGCGAGAGGAACAGCGCCUGGCUAUCGAGGCUGGCAGUCCCGAUGCUAUGGACGUCGACGACGACAACCAGGUUGCCAGGAGAGACGAUCGUGGUCGUGGCCGCGCUCUGGUCAGCCGGGCUAACGGCGGGCUGGGCAUGGCUGGCGUGUCGGACAAGAAGAAGCAAGAGGUGAAGAAGUCUGAACAGCGGGGUCGUACCAAGGGCCAGUUCCGGGCGAAGCGAAACGAGUGGGCUCUCAACAGACAAGCCAACCACCAGAAGUAUUUCCACUACAGCAUCUUGUAA